UUUGCAUAUAGGCCUAUUGCAGCUCUGAUUGGUUAUGCCGCACCAGUAUGUCUGUGUAGAGUUCAGCUGUCUUAGUCGUGCGCAAUAGAAUCCUACUCCAAUGCGUUAUGUCUACAACAAAAUCUCUUGCAUAGUUUGUUUUGUUUCGGUUUGUUGCAUUGAAAGUGGCUAACGGCAGUCCGGGGAAGCUGCGUGGCAUUCUUGGCUACUGCAUGCCCGCCAACACGCAUGUUGCUUGCCUCGAAGCGAGCAUAGAAGGCAUUUACCUCGUCUGGUAGGCUCGCGUCACUGGGCAGCUUGUGGCUGGGUUUCCCUUUGUAAUCCGUGAUAGUUCGCAAGCCCUGCCACAUCCGAUGAGUGCCCUGUGUCCUGAUUAAUUGUGUGUCUGAGGAACGGAGGAAGAGGGCAGCGGGCCUCACAAGAAUUUAGUCACACGAAGUAUCGUACUUCGAACUCCGGAGUAGGGCACCUGUUAAAGAGUAAUAUCCGGGGUGUCGAUAACCUUGCGACAGGAAUCCCAGGUGUUGUUAGUGCUGUUCGCUUGACCCGCAUGGUGGAUGGAAGAAAGUUUGUCGGUUUUAUUGUUUUUUGAUAUUGAGCACCUCCCAACGCAUGUAAAGCUGGGGUAUAUGAGGUAAUGCAUCGCCUGGCCCAGGGCAAGGUCUGACAGGACCACCCAGAAGACAAAUUAGUUUAAGAAGCAGCCCAUUCUGCCCUAGGUUGUCCAGCAGACUGACUCAGUACAUUAUUCAAGAUCAUAUGGUUUCCCACUACAAAAAGGUGUAUUCAGCUAAUGUAUUACAGUUGCCAUUGAUGCAUCAGUACGCAAAAGUAUGCUAAGCAGUGCAAAAUACAAUGACCAGUUAAGGUGGGAACAGUUGAGGAAAGAUGCCAGCUCUGAGAGAAGUCCUCAAUCAGCCCGCUCACAUUCACAGAGGAGCAGCAGAACCAACACCAGGGCCUCCUGCCCAUCACAAAAUGCCAGUAGCAGGUGAAGAAGCUCUACCUGGGAAGCUCCAUGAUUUCCACUCCCAAGACUCAAACCUCCUUUCACGCCAAGCAAAUAGUUUACCGUCCCAAACAUUCGGUGAGUCUGGGAGCCCCCCCACACUUCCUCCACUCUGCAUCAGAGUACAGCUACAGGAGCCCAAACUUCCAGAGGCAGCAGUCAGCCCACUCCUGCGCCACCACAGGUACCCAGAGUGGCUACAGGGCCCUCCAGAACCCUGUCCAGAAGACCUACAGUGGCGACCUGAAUCAGAAACAUGCCCACAGCUUUACCCUGGACAAACCCUUCACUCCCAGGACCAUGAAGUCAGACAGGAGAGGAGCAGCCUACCACGGCAGGAGACCUAUCAUGGAAGGGAUACAUGUAUCCAACUCAUGGAUUGCCUCUUGUCCACUACAUUUUUGAUGGGCAAAGUUUAGAGACAACGGGACACAUUUUUCUGGAUCAAGGAAGGACUCCUUGCCAAAGGACUUUGAAACAUGCCCUUGCCAUUCGGCUUAAAACUCAAAAGAACUCGAAGGUAUACUGUCUCAAGCAAGAGCUGUCUGGUCACACGCAUUCAGCUGCUCAAUGGUGAAUUUGUUGAGUUUACGCUUUCUGUGGAGAGCACCGGCCAGGAAUGUUUGGAGGCAGUUGCACAGAGACUCGAGUUACGAGAGAUAACGUACUUCAGCCUAUGGUACUUCAACAAGCAGAACCAGCAGCGAUGGAUCGACCUGGAGAAGCCCCUGAAGAAGCAGCUAGACAAGUACGGCCUGGAGCCCACCGUCUACUUCGGAGUGGUCUUCUACGUGCCCACCGUGGGCCAGCUGCAGCAGGAGAUCACCAGAUAUCAGUAUUAUCUCCAGUUGAAGAAGGAUGUUCUCGAAGGCAGAAUCCCUUGCUCCAUAGAACAGGCCAUCCGCCUGGCAGGCUUGGCAGUGCAAGCUGACUUUGGAGACUUCAAUCGUUACGAUUCGCAGGAGUUUCUUCAGAAGUUUGUGCUCUUUCCUAUCGGCUGGAUCCAGGAUGAGCGAGUACUGGAAGAGGCCACUCAGAAAGUGGCUCUGCUUUACCAGAACUACAGGGGGUUGCCUGCCCCAGAGGCAGAGAUGUUGUACAUGCAGGAGGUGGAGAAGAUGGAGGGCUAUGGCCAGGAGAGUACCCCAGCCAAGGACAGCCAAGGCACUGAUAUCCUCCUUGGGGCCUGUCUGGACGGCAUCUUUGUCAAGCACAAAAACGGCAGGCCACCCCUCGUAUUCAAGUGGAAUGAAAUUAACAACAUGACUCACAAUAAGUCCUUCUUUGCCCUGGAGCUGACCAACAAAGAGGAGAGCGUGCAGUUCCAGACCGAAGACUUGGAAACCUCCAAAUAUGUGUGCCGGAUGUGUCUGGCCAGGCACAAGUUUUAUAAGAUUAACAAGAGCAGCCUAGAGGAGUCUGACCCCCCUUCGCCUUCUGAGGGCUCCCAGAAGUCCAUUCUCACUCUUUCCUUUCCUCGCUUUCCUUUUCUGCCUUCUAACAAGGGCCAAACCCAGCCUACCGCUGUGAACCCAGUGAGACGGCGAUCCUCCACCAGGAUGUCUCUGCCAAAGUCCCCGCCCUACAUGUUGCCCCCGCCACAGAUGCACUACAAUGGCCACUUCACUGAGCCUUACACAUCUUCACAAGACAACCUGUACAUGAACAGUCAGAAUGGCUACUACUACCACUCCCAGACCAGCCUGGACCGCUCACCACUCGAGUACGGCAACAGCGGCGGUGGGAACGGGCGGCUGCGUAACGGCAGCGUGUACAGUGCCCACAGCACCAGCUCCCUCACCAACCCCCAGCACUACAUGCAGCCCUCGCCCAUGUCCUCCAACCCCUCCAUCACAGGAAGUGACAUCACCCGGCCCGACUAUGUGCCCUCGCACCGCCACAGUGCCCUCAUCCCCCCCUCCUACCGCGCCACCCCGGACUACGAGACGGUCAUGAGGCAGAAGAACCGGGGAGGUGGAGGGGGGAUGGUGCAUGCCUACGAGCACCGCCAGAGCCACUCCAUGAGGAACCUGAACAUUGGGAACUCGUACGCCUACAGCAGGCCGGACCCCCUGGUCUACAGCCAGCCAGAGAUCAGAGGAGAGCAUGGUGGAGGAGGAGCGCACCACCACUACCCCUUCCAUCUCAACUCUAGCUUCCACAGCCCCUCCCCGUACCCCUACCCCACGGAGAGGAGGCCGGUGGUGGGGGCGGUCAGUGUGCCCGAGCUGACAAACGUCCAGCUGCAGCAGGCGCAGGAGUACCCUGCGGCCAAUAUCAUGAGGACCCAAGUGUACCGCCCUCCACCCCCCUACCCAUACGGGGCCCACCCACGUCCCGCCAACAGCACGCCAGACCUUUCUCGCCACCUGUACGUGAGCAGCAGCAACCCGGACCUGAUCAUCACACGGCGCGUGCACCACUCAGUCCAGACCUUCCAGGAGGACAGUUUGCCUGUAGCCCACUCCCUGCAGGAGGUAUCCGAGCCCCUGUUCCUGGCUGGACCCCCACAACACCACCCUCACCAGCACAACGCACACAAACGCAACUCCAUCGAGAUUGCAGGCCUGGCCUACAGCCUGGAGGGUAUGAGGGUCAAGGAAAGGACUGUAUCUGCCUCAGCCACAGACGCCCCGCAUGGUCCCCCCUCAGGCUCCCAGCUCAACGUGUUCCUGGAGCGGACCAAGUCAGAGGACGGGGGGGAGGGGAAGGAGGACGUUCGCUACGGCCACAAGAAGUCCCUGUCAGACGCCACCAUGCUGGUGCACAGCAGCGAGGAAGAGGAGUUUGAGGACGAGAGCGGACGCCACACCCCCCAAUCCGACGAUGCACUAUUGUCCGGGCCUGACUCGCAGCAGCUUCUAACCAAUCUGGGCCAGAUUCCCCUGGAGCCCCCGCCCGCAUAUCCCAUUGGCUCCUCCCUUGACCCUGCCUUGUCUGACCUUCAAGCCUAUCAGGUGCACCCACUGAUCCAGGAGGCGGAGUCGCUGUACCUGUUUGAGGGUGGGCAGACUGGCAGGAUUGUGCCCUCGAUGUCGGACAGUGACAUCAGUGGGCAGAACAAACAGAAGGCCAAGAAGGAUUUCAUCAAGAAGAGGCCUGUGUCAGACGUUCCUGCUGGGAAGAAACCCAUUGAUGGCCUGCCUCCUGCCGGCAUGAAGAAGCGGGCUGAGCUGAAGAAGAUGGGUCCUUUGAAGGUGGCGGCCCUCAAUGGCCUGACCCUGUCUAGGCUGCCCCUGCACGAGGGGGGCAAGGACGAACCUGAGAAGGCCUCCAACGACGAGAGGUGUAAGGUACUUGAGCAGCUUAUGGAGCAGGGCAUGGUGUUCACGGAGUACGAGCAGGUGGCCAAGCGGCGUCCGGCAGGCGACUGCAGCAUCGCCCAGCUGCCGGAGAGCGGCGAGAGGAACCGCUUCCAGGAUGUGCUGCCCUACGACGACACGCGUGUGGAGCUGGUGCCCACCAAGGAGAACAACACAGGCUACAUCAACGCCUCGCACAUCAGGAUUACGGUGGGCGGAGACGAGUGGAGCUACAUCGCCUCCCAGGGCCCUCUUUCCAACACCUGUCUGGACUUCUGGCAAAUGGUGUGGGAGCAGGGUGUGGCCAUCAUUGCCAUGGUUACAGCUGAAGAGGAGGGUGGCAGAGAGAAGAGUUUCCGCUACUGGCCACGGCUGGGCUCUCGCCACAACACGGUGACAUACGGACGCUUUAAGAUCACCACGCGCUUCAGGACGGACUCAGGCUGCUAUGCCACCACAGGCCUGAAGAUCAAACACCUGCUGACGGGCCAGGAGCGCACCGUAUGGCACCUGCAGUACACAGACUGGCCUGACCACGGCUGCCCCGAGGACUUCAAGGGCUUCCUCUCAUACCUGGAGGAGAUCCAGUCAGUGAGGAGACACACCAACAGCACCAGCGACCCAAAGAAUACCAACCUACCUGUGCUGGUCCACUGUAGCGCUGGAGUGGGCCGCACCGGGGUGGUCAUACUCACUGAGAUUAUGAUCGCCUGUCUGGAACACAACGAGAUGCUGGACGUCCCGACCGUUCUGAACAUGCUCCGGCAGCAGCGUAUGAUGAUGGUGCAGACCAUCUCACAAUACACCUUCAUUUACAAAGUCCUUAUCCAGUUCCUCCGCAACUCCAGGCUCAUCUAAGUGCAAACCUCAGCACCCCCCCAAACGUUUGUGUCGGACACGAGGAGCCGAGAUUAUCCAGUUUCCUCAACGCUCUUGCAAACUGCAGUGCGUUGGAGCAACUGUGGCCUUUAGCUCCAAAAUGGCAGUGCUGGCAGAUGGCCCUUUUUCAAAGUGUUAAUGGAGGCGAGACUGCAAUGAAACCUGACAAUGAAAGGAUCGCAUGACUUUGUGUGUGUGUGUGUUUCCCUCUUGAACAGUAUUAUUGAGAUUUCACUGUAAGGUUUCUACACUAUAUGAUUACUGACAUGAAACCCAGCACUUUUACAGUACAGUACCUUGCUCUAUAUAGCAAAACCAUGUUGAAGCUGCAGUUAAAAUCUAUAUCUGAUUAUUGUAUAUCAAUAUCAUUAAUUACAGAUCUAUUUUUAUCACAGAUUUUUGAGUUUUUACGAUGUGUGUGCUAGAUGAUGAUGGUCUUUAUAAAGAAGGACUUGACUAAU